AUGUCCAAAAACACUGAGGCUGAAGGAUUGAGGCGGUGGAUAAGGAGACUAGCCAUGGCGAGUAGGGAAGAGAGGGACGCCAUGUUGGGAAAGUGGGGGAUGGAUGAUGAGAAGAAGGUUACUCUUAGUUCGCGGCGUAUGGGUCAUAGCGAAGAAGAGGAGGACCCCGAAGAAGAAGACGAAGAAGAAGAGGAUAAUUCAGAGCUACCCGCCACACUCUGUUUGUCUCUCAAGCCCGAGCAGGUCUUUCAGCAUCCAUCCCCUCCUGCACCUCAUGCAGAAGUUUCCAGUUGGACAGGACAUCUUGUUGAUAUAGCCUGCAAUAGCACUGGAAGCCCUACGGUGACACAACAACAACACCGUGCCCUGCUAGCCAGCUACUUCUCUUGGCAAAACCCCCGAAAUUCCAUCCUGAGCAAGCGAUUGUUCUCUUCUCACUCCCAAUAUUACUCAGAUUUCCUCCUCUGGUCUGUCUAUGCUCACACUGCCCGACAUGUUUCAUGCUUCCAAGACAAUGUGUUCCAGUUCGCUGCGAAGGCGCAUGUCCUUUUGGCCGCAGAGUUAGCAAAACCUGCGUCAAUUCCUACUGUACAAGGAUUGUUGCUACUUAGUGCCAACAAUGCAUCAAGGGGAAUGUAUUCACAGGCAUGGAGUCUGACUUCCUGUGCCGUCGGGCUGGUUGGAGAUAUGGCGAUUCACCUCGAUAAACCUUCACAAAAGGCUUCGGAACACGCGCAAAUGCGCCUUCGUGCCUUUUGGGCGACUUUCAUUUGGGAUAAGCUGCUCGCUCUAGCGCUCAAUAGGGAUCCUCUCCUUCCUUUUUCUCAGCCUCCGCAACAAUCGCUGAGGGUUCCGUUACCAGAGCCAACGCCAAGCGCAGAUCUGUGGGUUCCAUAUCAAGACUCACCGACGCUUCAAAAGCCACAACUGGGGCACGAGGAAAAAAAUUUCUACGAGAACGUUCAAGCUAACAUCUUACUUGACGAAAUUCAUCGCUUUCUCUACCGCAAACCGUGGCGCCGUCUUCCUGGGGAACAAGUCAUUGAAUGGGUUGGGACAACCCGUAGUCGAAUACUUAAAUGGAUUGAGAACGCUGAUCCGGAUGUCGUCCUCCGGUCUGUCUCUGAGAAUAUGAACCCCGCACCACCGCAUAUUCUCCAACUAAAUAUUCUAAUUCGUGUCUUAUGGAUCCUCCUUUAUCGACCUUUCUUCCACUCGCAGGUGUUCGGUGCACACAACCACAGUUCUACUCACGCUCUAAGUUAUUCAAUACCAGAAGCUGUCUCGAAGUGUACGGAAGCCUCCCAGGAGAUCCAUUUCCUCCUUCAGUCUUACGAAUGCUACGGAUGGGAACGGGCCAGCUAUGUGAUCAUAUUCGGGGCAUUUUUGUGUGCGUCUGUAGAGUUAGGCAGGCUUGAAGCCUCUCGACGACUCCAGAGAGAGGGAGGAGGUGAAGGUGCGGCUGCAGGGGAGAGAUCCAGAGAACGGCUAAUUUUAUGUGAGACCGUGCUACAGGGUGGCAGAGGGACGAUUCCUGGAAUGACGGAGAGCUUGGGAAGGUUGGAGAUGCGGUUAGAGCGGGAGUUCAGAUUGGUUGGGGAACCUUCACCUCCCAUCCCGUCAGCAGCAGUAUAUUCACCUACGGCCUCUACGAGAUCGGCCACUGCGACCACUGGGUAUGAACCGGAGGGACAGCCGAAUAUGGCUUAUGCCUAUCCCAUGAGUCCAACUUACCCCUUCGCGGGGAAUUACCAGCACCAAGAGUUGCAUCCGUUUUUUUUUUGGCCUGAUUCGGGUUCGGCUGCAGGCGGACAAAAUGGGCACUACGAAGACCCAGGACAUCAACAGCAAGGAGGAAGAGGAAGAGGAACGGAUGAUGGAGUCGGUGCAUGGGUAAUGUAG